CCAAAAUUAAAAAUGGAGGAACUCAAAAGUCCACCACCGUCAUGCCCUAAAACCGUCACGGUCCGCCGUAAUCCACCCCGUCGAGCUAGACCAACUCCGUACUCCGCCGCACCGUCUUCUUCCUCCAAACCCCCUCCGCCGUCCUCCUCCAUUAUCCGCUCUUUCCCGAUCGACGACAUCCUUUCAAUCAACAUCCCCGAACCACCUCCUUGUUCCGAAAAUCAACCAAAAUCGUCAGAAAAACUCAAAGUAUUUCUUCGAAUACGACCGCCGAUCGUUGUACCGAUUCCACCGAAACCUCAACCGAAAACUGCGUGGCCUCAAAACCCUAAUAAGAAAAACGAAGGUUCGAGAAAGGCGACGGAAACUUGUUUAAAAGUGAUCGAUUCGUGUUCUGUUACGCUUUGUCCUCCACAAAGUGUCGUUGAUGUCCGUCGGACCAAGUCCGAGGUUUAUCAAGGGUUUUCGUAUGUUUUUUCCCCUCAAUCGACUCAGAAUGAAGUUUAUGAAAAAAUGGUGAAUCCAUUGGUAGAUGAUUUCUUGAAGGGGAAAAGUGGAAUGUUAGCGGCAAUGGGGCCGAGUGGAUCUGGCAAAACACAUACUGUCUUUGGGACUAAUAGAGAUCCAGGCAUGGUCUCUCUUGCUCUUCGACAAAUAUUUUCAAAAAACAAAGGCAAAGGACCCAAGAUAUCAAGGACUUUUUUUCUGUCGAUGUUUGAAAUAUAUUCUGAGCGUGGAAAAGGAGAAAAGAUGAUGGAUUUGUCACAUGAAGGAGGUGAUGUUUAUAUGCAGCAAUCAACUAUUAAAGGGCUCCAAGAGGUAGCCAUUCACGAUGCUCAACAGGCUGAAUCUUUGAUUGCCAGUGGAAUGUUAAGGCGUUCAACUGCUAUGACGAACUCCAAUAUUCAGUCGAGCCGAUCACAGUGCAUCAUAAACAUUCGCUCUGGUCUUGAUAACCUUGGUGAAGAUGCUACUGCCCAUUUAUGCACUGCUACAUUGACCAUAGUUGAUCUCGCAGGAGCUGAAAGAGAAAAGAGGACUGGAAACCAGGGAGCUAGACUGCUAGAGAGCAACUUUAUCAACAACACAGCUAUGGUUUUUGGAUUAUGCUUGAGGUCUUUAUUAGAGCAUCAGAAGAACCCCAAGAAACCUUUUCAUAAGCAUUUCCAGAAUUCUUUGUUGACUAAAUACUUACGUGAUUUUUUGGAAGGAAAGAAGAGGAUGGCAUUGAUUUUGACUGCAAAACCAGGGGAGGAUGAUUAUCAGGAUACAUCUUAUUUGCUAAGACAGGCUGCACCAUUUAUGAAUAUCAAGUUUGAGAACGUGGAAGAACAGCCUGCUAUUACGUUGGGCAAUAAGAGAAGGACCCAAGGAUUAUUGAAAGCAGAGCAUGUGAAGCGCAAGAAGCUGAAUUGUAUUGAAGUUUCUCCGGGUGACGAGGUGAAAUGUGGGGAUCAGUGUGAGCCUCAUAAAGAAGAUCCUGUUAGUAUUGAAUUAGAAUCAGAAAAAGACUACUUAGCUAAGGAAAAUGUUACCAGUUCACGGAAGAGGGCUAAAGAGAGCCAAAUUCUUUUAAAUAUCUCUAUAGCAAUGUGGAAUGUUUUGAAAGAAUAUAAAAAGAAACUACAGGCUAGUGAAAAUGAAGCUGAUACACUAAGACGUAGCCUCACUAUUAAAGCAGAAAGAUGCACUGCAUUAGAAACUGAACUGAUUCUAGCAAAAGCUUCCUGCUCAUGUGGGAAGGAAGUUGGUGCAGAGUAUCUUGUGCCCAAAGAAAAUGAAGUUGAGGCUCUAUCAACAAGCUGCUUAACUGAGUUGCAGAGGCACUGGCCAGUUGAUAUUCAUGUGGGUACAAGUUCGGCUGAAUUAGCAUCAACAUCGCCAAUUGCCCAAAUUGUUGAAGAGCAGCGUAGCGAGAAAAAUUAUGUCCCCGGUGAAUAUGUUCUGUUUGGUAAACAUGAUUUGACGGAGCUUGGAGACACCGACUUCAUCAGUGAAGUUGCAGGUUGUGAUACAUGUAAGUCAGCUGUAUGUGAUGCAUUUGUAGACGGAGAUGAAAUUUCUUCCCAUGUCAAAGGAGACCAAAGGAAACAUGAGCAGCGCGAGCCAAAUGCACAACUUUCACCUUCAGAUCCCAGCGAGUCAGAAACCUUCCAAAAGCAGGAGGGACUGGGUGACACUGUUAAUAUUGAUCAGGAAUUAAGUUCUGUUGAAGCUGUAUCAAUAUCCAGUGAUUUUGAAAAGUUUGAAGUGCAGAGCAAUGAGAAAGUGGAUGCUUCAAGUCCAAGUAUUGUGGCUGGUAAACAAGAAUACAAGGAAGCUGAAAAAAUUGAGAUCACUGGACAAUUAACAGGUUGUGAUAAUAUAGAGUCAGCUGUUUAUGAUUCAGAGUUACUUGUAAAUGAAGUAAACCUUCCUUCAGUUGUGAAGGUAUAUGGAUGGAAAGCUGCCGAAGCAGAUUCAACUGCACAUGUUUUAUCUUCAAAUCCAAGUGAAGUAGAGUGUUCUGAGAAGCAUGACAUAUUGGAUGACACUGGAGUAAGUUCGGUUGAAGGUGUAUCUAUUUCUAGCGAUCCUGAAAAGUUUGAUGUGCAAAGUUUUGAGAUGGUUGAUGUUUCAUGGCCAAGCUCUGUCUGUGAUACACACGAAUUGAGAGGUGUUAAAGAAAGAGAGGCCAAUGGAGAAAUAAUAGAUCCUGCUGGUCAAGAUUCAGAGUUACCUUGCAUAGUUGGAGAUGAAAUGUCUUUAUCGUUGGUAGAAGACCAGCUAGAACGGGAAGAAAAAGAGAUAGUUGAUGUUUCAUGUCCAAGCUGUGAUACAAAAGAAUUGAGGGGUGUUGAAGAAAAAGUGGCCAAUGGAGAAAUAACAGGCUGGGAUACUUUAGAUCCUGCUGCUCAAGAUUCAGAGUUACCUUGCAUAGUUAGAGAUGAAAUGUUUUUGUGUUUGGCGGAAAACCAACUAGAACCGGAAGAAAAAGAGGUAGUAAGUUCGGAUGAAGUUGUAUCUACUUCCAGUGAUCCUGAAAAGUUUGAUGUACAGAGUAAUGAGAUAGUUGAUGUUAUAUUUCCAAGCUCUGUAUGUGAUAAGCAAGAGUUGAGGGGUGUUGAAGAAAGAGAGGCUAAUGGAGAUAUAACAGAUUUUGUUGGUCAAGAUUCAGAGUUACCUUGCAUAGUUGGAGAUGAAAUGCCUUUGUGUUUGGUGGAAGAACAACCAGAACAGGAAGAUAAAGAGGUAGUAAGUUCGGUUGAAGUAACACCAAUUUCCGGCGAUCCUGAAAAUUGUGAUGUACAGAGUAGAGAGAUAGUUGAUGUUUCGUGUCCAAGCUCUGUAUGUGAUAUACAAGAAUUGAGGGCUGUUGAAGAUAGAGAGGCUAAUGGAGAAAUAACAGGCUGUGAUGCUUUAGAUCCGGCCGGUCAAGAUUCAGAGUUACCUUGCAUAGCUGGAGAUGAAAUGUCUUUGCCUUUGGUGGAAGACCAACCAGAACAGGAAGAAAAAGAGGUGAAUAUUCUAAGAUCAUCAUCAAAUCUGGACGAACCAAAGUGCGAACAGAAAAUCCAAUUAUUAGAUUCAACUGACCUCCCGGAUCAACAAUUGGUCCUGAGAAAUGAUGUUAUUAGUUCUCAAAAGUCCAACACCAGUAAGUUUUCUGAGGCUCCAAGUGUUCAACCUUGCCAACCAAGCAUUGUGAAACCAAAAAGGAGACUACGACCUGCUUCAUCUGUGAUGCUGAGGAAUAUAAAUGUUUCAGAUUUCGAUGAAGUAACCGAGAUGCCAAAGCAACACGGAAAAAGAGGUCAAAAGGAAAAUGUUGGUGAUAAGAGAACACAAGGUAGCAUCUCUCUUUUACGCCUCCUGAAACCAAAUCUCCAUCGCUAGAAACUAGUAUUUGGUUGCUAUAUUAUUUGGCUUCAGUUUUCCCUUUUUAUAUUUUAAAACAUCAAGUUGGAAAUUCCAUUCUUAGCUCGUUACUAGUUGCAACUUGUAAACGGCUUUUUUGUGGGUUUCGUAAGUAGUCUUUGCUCCCUUUAUAAGAACAAUGGAUGGUUAAUUUUCAUUAAACUAACAUAUAAUUUAUAAAAUAUAUAAUAGU